UUGGAGGAAGCUCCCACAUCUCUUCUUCCUGUUAUCUCCGGGUUGGUUGCUAUCCAGAUCUGCACUGCAAACUAAACAGCAGAGGAUUCAGAAUCAUGGUUGGAAACUGUGACUACAUUCAGCUAAAUGAGAAUGGCACCAUGCUGAACCUGAAUGACUGUCUGGCGUCCUGCCUGAGGUGCUCACUGGAGGCUGCCAAUGCCAUCCUGGAAAGGCAGAUCCGUGAGUACUAUGAGAAGAAAGGGCUGAUCGCACAGAGGGACUACAGACACUACAGGAACACCAUCAAUUGCCUGAAGGAAAAGGUACUCUUGGCUACCAUCAACAAUGCCAACAUCCUCCUGCAGAUCGACAACUCUAAACUGGCUGCUGAUGACUUGAAGAUAAAAUGUGAGCAUGAGUUAGUAGUGCGACAGUCUGUGGAGGCCGACAUUGCUAACCUGCGCUACUUGCUGGACCAGACGACCCUGACAAAGGCCGACCUGGAGAUUCAGAUUCAGGAAGAUCUAGCAUGUCUGAAGAAGAACCACCAGGAGGAGGCAGCACUAUUCUGUCAGUUGACAAACACAAAAGUGUGUGUGGAAGUGGAUGCUGCUCCUCAGCAAGACCUGAACAAGGUUUUAGACGACAUCUGUUGCCAUUAUGAGAGCAUCAUAAACAAACACCGCAGAAAACAGGAGUGCUGGUUCAAAGAGAAGGUGAGACUUCAGCCUCUGUUUCUUUGAGGUGAAUCCUAAUAAGCUGUCAUAUAUAGUGGCAGACUUUUGAAGAUGCAUGUGUAAAGUCCAGCUGGUAGGUGCUGUGCAGGUAAACCUCACCUGACCUCAAGAGGUGCACUAGCGACUGAUGUUAGAGGUUGUGGUCCUUAGCCUUCUUGUUAGUGUGCCCACCUCCCAUGCUGGUGACCUGGGUUUGAGCCCCACUCGGAGCAGGUGCAAAUAGGACCUGAGGUGGGGGUGUUACACAUGACAGUUGUGUGUGUUUAUGACUCUCUUUAAGACAACGCAACUGUGCAAAGAUGUGGCCACCAACCCGAUAGCCUAGAAACCUCUAGGUCACAGAUCUCAGAAUUCAGUGACUGGAGAUCGAGCAGCAGUCUCAAAUCAGCAUGGUGAGUAAAUUAUCUGUUUGUUAGAAUGCACAGGCGCAUUAGAUGGAAUAGACUUAUAAAUGUGCACUAUGCAUAUACACUAUGCAACUUUUAAAAUCUGAACAAAUUCUAUAACAAUAGGUAUCACUUGCCAACUUUGUAAAUGGUUGCAGAGAAAAACUGGCUAUCAUAGACAAUGACUGAGGAUCACAUACUACAAGACUUUCAAGUGAUUCUGAAUACAACAAACUCACUCAGAAUCAUGCUGUGUUGCUAUGUAGUGUAUUCCAGCCUUAAAAAGCUCAAUUUAUAAUGCCAUUGUUGUCAGAUUUUAUUCUUGAUAUUUCCAAUGAAAUUUCAG